ACUGUGUUGUGGAUUCCGCGUAGCCCCCCCCCCAAAAAAAAUCACAAAAAAGUGGGAGUUGACGAGCUAAUUUGUUGUGUGUUUUCUUCCGUCGAUUGGCAACUAUUCUCGACGCACCACCCAGCCGCAGCCAUGCCCGGGAUAGAGAAGCUGCCAAUAGAGGAGACUCUGGAGGACAGUCCGCAGACUCGCUCUCUGCUUGGAGUGUUUGAGGAGGACACAGCUGCCAUCUCCAACUACUGCACAAAGCUUUAUCAGGCCAUGCACAGGAUCUAUGAUGCCCAGAAUGAGCUGAGCGCUGCCACACAUCUGACCUCCAGAUUGCUGAAAGAGUAUGACAAACAGCGUUUUCCUUUAGGGGGCGAUGACGAGGUGAUGAGCUCCACCCUGCAUCAGUUUGCGAAAGUCAUCGAUGAGUUGAGCUCCUGUCACGCCGUUUUGUCCACCCAGCUCGCCGAUGCCAUGAUGUUCCCCAUAAGUCAGUUCAAAGAGAGAGACCUGAAAGAGAUUCUCACCUUGAAGGAGGUCUUCCAAAUAUCUAGUGACGAUCACGACACCGCCAUCAACAGAUACAGCCGCCUGUCCAAGAAGAAGGACAACGACAAGAUGCGGGCUGAGGCGGUGGAGGACGUGUACACCUCACGCAAGAAGCAGCACCAGACCAUGAUGCACUACUUCUGCUCCCUUAACACGCUGCAGUACAAGAAGAAGACGGCACUACUGGAGCCGCUGCUGGGCUACAUGCAGGCUCAGAUCAGCUUCUUUAAGCUGGGCUCCGAAAACCUCACCCAGCAGUGGGAGGACUUCCUGGCCAACAUCGGAACCAGUGUGCAAAAUGUGCGUCGGGAGAUGGAGGAGGAGGUCAGCCAGAUGCAGGAGACCAUCCAGCAGAUGGAGAGCUCGUGUGACACCCUAUACGCACCGUGCGACCCGGACCCAGUCCACUCCCCCGUGUGUCGAAACCUCACCAGGAAGCAGGGCUACCUCUACAUUCGCAAUAAGACGGGCCUGGUGUCAACGUCAUGGGAACGACAGUACUUCUUCACCCAAGGAGGAAACCUGAUGCAUCAGGGCCGGGCCGAAGUGGCGGGCGGCCUGGUCACCGACCUGGACAACGCCUCCGUCAUGGCUGUGGACAGUGACGACCGCCGCUUCUGCUUCCAGGUCACGUCCUUCGAUGGCAAAAAAGUUGUGACACUGCAGGCGGAGAGCAGAAAGGACUGCGAGGAGUGGAUCGCCACCAUCAACAAUAUCUCCCGCCGCAUCUACCUGAGCGAGAACGCCGAGGAAGUGGCGGCAAGAGCCAACCAAUCAGCCAUUGAGGCGGUGACCCCGUCGCCAUCCUUCCAGCAGAGACACGAAAGCAUGCGGCCAGCCAGUAAGGGUCGCGUGGGCCGAACAAGCAGCAUCAGCUCUGCUGGCUCCGAGCCCUCGCCUGCCCUCUCUGUGCUCUCAUUGGACGCCCUGGUUGCCCCAGACACGCCCAUCCAGUUUGACAUCAUCUCACCUGUCAGUGAGGAGAACUCUGGACACAGCAAGACGGCAGCUCAGUCUGGCAGGAGAAGUAACCCAUUUGGAGAGUCAGGUGACAACCCAGUCACGGAAAACGAAGACUCGAUCCUUCACCAGCUCUUCAUUGUUCGCUUCCUGGGCUCGAUGGAGGUAAAGACUGCUGAGUCGGCGGAUGUCAUCCCCGAGACCAUGAGGCAGAUCCUGGCGGCCCGGGCCAUUCACAACAUCUUCAGGAUGACCGAGUCACACCUGCUGGUCACCUGCGACUGCCUCAAGCUCAUCGAUCCCCAGACACAAGUUACUCGCCUCAGGUUCCCCCUGGCCAGCGUGCUACAGUCGUCCUCCCACCAGGACAACAAGAGGCUGUUUGGAUUCAUCCUGCAGACGGCGGGCGGCGGGGGGCCCGACAGCCGAGUCGUGUGCUACAUCUUCGAGUCCAACGAUGACGGCGAGAAGAUCUGCGACAGCAUCGGCCUGGCCAAGCAGAUCGCCCUCCACUCUGCGGACCACAAGGCGGCGGAGAAGAGGAAGGAGCAAGACAAGGCCAAAGAGAAGCAGCAGGAGGAGCUCAGCAAGCAGAAACAAAUUGAGAAGGAUUUGGAGGAGCAGAGUCGCCUCAUCGCCGCUUCAAGUCGCCCCGGCAACCCCUCGGCGCCUGACGGACACUUCGUCGUGCUGAGCAACAGCCAGUCCGAGGACAGCGACGCCGGCGGCGAGGAGGGCCCGAAGAAGGGCGAGUCGGAAGCCUGACACCUAACAGAACGCAUGGCCCGACACACCAGACCACGCUCAGGAAGCAACACCUGAUGAAAAACUAAAUCAUCAUCUCUGGUUAUUGACUCUUAGAAAUGCUUUUAUACUCGCUCCUGAUAACUACCAAGCAACCUUUUACUCGUGCAUUUUACAAACAAGCUCUCAUGUUGAGUUUGGACGCUAAGCUCCGCCUCCUGGCACUGAUGACUGCAUUGUUAAAGCCUUUAAGGCAGGGGUCACCAACCUUUUUGAAACCAAGAGCUACUUCUUGGGUACUGAUUAAUGCGAAGGGCUACCAGUUUGAUACACACUUAAAUAAAUUGCCGAAAAUAGCCAAUUUGCUCAAUUUACCUUUAACUCUGUUAUUAUUAAUAAUUAAUGAUAUUUACACUUAAUUGAACGGUUUAAAAGAGGAGAAAACACGAAAAAAAUGACAAUAAAAUUUUGAAACAUAGGUUAUCUUCAAUUUCGACUCUUUAAAAUUCAAAAUUCAACCGAAAAAAAGAAGAGAAAAACUAGCUAAUUCGAAUCUUUUUGAAAAAAUUAAAAAAAGAAUUUAUGGAACAUCAUUAGUAAUUUUUCCUGAUUAAGAUUAAUUUUAGAAUUUUGAUGACAUGUUUUAAAUAGGUUCAAAUCCAAUCUGCACUUUGUUAGAAUAUAUUACAAAUUGGACCAAGCUAUAUUUAUAACAAAGACAAAUCAUUAUUUCUUCUAGAUUUUCCAGAACAAAAAUUUUAAAAGAAAUUCAAAAGACUUUGAAAUAAGAUUUAAAUUUGAUUCUACAGAUUUUCUAGAUUUGCCAGAAUAAUUUUUUGGAAUUUUAAUCAUAAUAAGUUUGAAGAAAUAUUUCACAGAUAUUCUUCGUCGAAAAAACAGAAGCUAAAAUGAAGAAUUAAAUUAAAAUGUAUUUAUUAUUGUUUACAAUAAAAACAUUUUUUUACUUGAACAUUGAUUUAAAUUGUCAGGAAAGAAGAGGAAGGAAUUUAAAAGGUAAAAAGGUAUAUGUGAUUAAAAAUCCUAAAAUCAUUUUUAAGGUUGUAUUUUUUCUCUAAAAUUGUCUUUCUGAAAGUUACAAGAAGCAAAGUAAAAAAAUGAAUGAAUUUAUUUAAACAAGUGAAGACCAAGUCUUUAAAAUAUUUUCUUGGAUUUUCAAAUUCUAUUUGAGUUUUGUCUCUCUUAGAAUUAAAAAUGUCGGGCAAAGCGAGACCAGCUUGCUAGUAAAUAAAUACAAUUUAAAAAAUAGAGGCAGCUCACAGGUAAGUGCUGCUAUUUGAACUAUUUUUAGAACAGGCCAGCAGGCUACUCAUCUGGUCCUUACGAGCUACCUGGUGCCCGCGGGCACCGCGUUGGUGACCCCUGCUUUAAGGGAUAAAAAGACGAGGGAACGUGAAGGCACCACCACUUAAAAAUCACCUAUUCUUAAUUAUGGACGAUUGUUCCGUCAUGACAGCAGCUUUAUGGUUUUGUUGUUCAAGCUCAGUCAUCUUCUGAUCCAAAAGCACUCUUAUUUCAUACCUGACCGUUUUACUGAGGGCAAAAGUUGGCUCCAGCAAAGAGCGUUGAAGGUUUCAAUGUUAACUUCCUCAAUAAUAACGAUGACAUUAGGCUUGAUGUUAAGAAAUGUGUUUAAAGAAUGUCACUGAUGGAUGUGGGAUUGUUGAACUUUUAUGAGAAAAUCAGUACGUUUACUAAAGAUGAUUACAUCUUUGUUGGGAGUGUUUGUUUUUGCGGCAGGCGGGAAAAAAAAAAAGCUCAUGUUUGACCGUUCAGCACUUUACUAUGUUGGACUGUAAAUACGACUCAAUGUCUAAUUAUUUAAUCACAAAAAAAAAAGGUUUUUACAAACAAAUAAAGCACUAACCCCACA